AAAACUUCAGAUCCAACACAACUCUCCCUCUCUGUUUCCUCCAUAGCUUUGAGCUUAGAGCUUAGAGCUCUCCACAUUCUUCAACCUCUUUGCUCAAGCUCAAAUUUUGACUCCAUCAAUGGCUUCCCCUAACAACAACAAAUCGAAGAAUCAAUUAGUUUCCACUAUGAUCAAACAAGGUUUCAUUUCCAACCCAUAUCUAUCUCCUUCUCCUUCCCCACCUCGUACCUCCAACCCACCUUCCCCUAUCCAAAUUCCGACCCGACCCAGUAAUCCUAGCCCGACCCUUUUCGAGAUGAUGUCAGAGGAGCAGACCCGCGAGUCCAAACACUCACUCGAAUCGCGAUACCGAACGCAAGAGAGAGUUUCGAGGGUUUUGGCUGAUGCUCCGUUUCCGGCGGUGGGUGAUGUCAGGCUGACGAUAGCGGCGCGUGAUGGGUUUAAAGUUUCUAUGGAUGUUCACCGGAGAGUGCUAGUCGGACGGAGUAGGUUUUUCGCUGAUAAGCUUCAGAGAAAUGGGUCGCAUUCGGUUGAGAUUCUUGAUUGUGAUGACGUGGAGGUUUAUGUGGAAACAUUGGUGCUUAUGUAUUGUGAUGAUUUGAAGAAGAGAUUGAUGGGUGAAAAUGUUAACAAGGUCCUGGGAUUGCUUAAGAUAUCUUCAGCAAUUAUGUUUGAUGAUGGAGUGUUGGCUUGUUUGGAGUAUCUGGAGGCUGUUCCUUGGUCCCAACAAGAAGAGGAACAAGUAGUAUCUCAUCUCAGUCAACUUCAGCUUCCCGAUUCAGCAGCUGAUAUACUUCAGAGACUGGUUGCUGAACCAUCAACAUCUUCAAGAUCCGAUGACAUUCUUCAGAGGCUACUUACUGGUGUUUUACAUGCCAAGGAUGAUAAAGCCCGCAAAGAGAUGAAAAAAGUGAUAUCUCGUUUGCUAAGAGAAAACACUAGCAAUAGUAGCAGUCAUGAAAGUAAUCUUGAUAUCUCAAGGGAUACUCUGUAUCAUUUUUGUCAUAGAUGCCUCACUUCUCUAAUACUUAGCUUGUCCGAAGCUACAUCCGUGGAUGAUAACAGGCAGCAGGACCGAGGGGUUCUAAUGGGUGAGAUUGCUCGUGAAGCAGACAAUCUGCAGUGGCUAGUUGAUAUCCUAAUCGACAGGAAAAUGGGGGAUGAGUUUGUGAAACUAUGGGCAGAACAAAAAGAACUCUCCAUUCUACACUCCAAGAUUCCCACCAUGUAUCGACAUGAAAUCAGCAAGAUCACUGCACAACUUUGCAUUGCAAUUGGUAGGGGAAAUUUGUUAGUGCCAAAAGAUGUUAGAUAUUGUUUGUUAUCGACAUGGCUGGAAAGUCUAUAUGACGAUUUUGGGUGGAUGAAGAGGGCUGGUAGAUCAAUUGACAAGAAGCUGGUUGAAGAGGGACUUGGUCAGACUAUUCUAACACUACCCUUGGCUCAACAACAAACCAUUCUGCUUAACUGGUUCGAUCGAUUCCUUAACAAAGGAGAUGACUGUCCCAAUAUUCAGAGAGCUUUCGAAGUUUGGUGGAGAAGGUCAUUCGUUAAACAAUACACAGUCGAUUCUCAGUUACAAUUAGCUAUCUUCGAUUAUACAGAGUGAGAAGGAGAGAUUGUACAAUGUCAAUGUUGGUUUGUUACAUGCUCCUAUACACACCAAUGUAUAUAUGAAAUGCAUGCACCAACCAUUUUUUCAAACAA